AUGAAGUACAGCCUAUUCUCUGCUCUAUGUUUCGCAGCCUUGUCGCGAAGCACUCCCGUCAAACCCACCAAAUCAUGCAAGGAGUACACGAUUCCUCUUAAAGUCAUCUCCGAGAACCUUAAAUGGGCUCUCGGCGAAUUCGAAAGCAAUGAAGACAUGGUUGAGUUCAGCGCUGCCUCCGGGCGACGAGAUGCCAGCACUACUUUUCACCCGUUUACCCUCCCUACGCUAUCAGAAACCGCGAUAUAUACUAUCUCCGGGACAUAUUGUGAGCCGGUUGGUGAAGGGGACGGAACAGUCAUAUUGGCCACGCAUGGGGCCGGUUAUGAUAGAAAUUAUGUGGACUACGCCAUUUCGCAAGGUCAUUCAAUCUUCUACUACGACAGACUGGGAACAGGCAAGUCUGAUAUAAUAUCCGGCUAUGUUGCGCAAAUAUCAAUGCAAGCCUCCAUCCUGGCCGAACUUAUUCCACUCGUUCGCUCCGGCAAAUUUUCAUCUCCGCCUUCCAAACUCGUCCUUCUGGGCCACAGCCUUGGAAGUGUAGUAUCCAAUACCGUCCUGAACUCGCAUCCAGAAAUGGUUGAUGCCACGAUCCUCACCGGCAUUGCAUACAAUACGAGCUCGACCAUUCCCAACCAGGCUAAACAGCUACGCCUUGCAAAGCUACAGAAUCCAACAAAAUGGGAAACACUAGACGGAUAUGCGGUUUGGAUGCACAUUUAUUCCAAUAAUCAAGAUUUUUUCAAGGUCCCGUACUAUGAGCGAGAUGUCGUGCAGUAUGCACAGGACAACCAAGCGCCGGCCGCCCUGUUGGAAAACCUGAGUAUCAGAACUUCUAAUGUAUCUUCUCCUGGCUUUACCGGCCCUGUCAUGUUGAAUGCGACAGGGUCUUUCCAGGGCAUCGACAAUUUCCUGAGCGAGAACGUCAUCUGA